UUACCAGCCUCCAAAAUGGAGGCUUCAGGACCCAGGUUGCCAAAAUUGAGGGAUUUACUUAGAAGACAGAGAGAAGACUCUUUUUCUGAGAGUAUGUGUGAAACCCCGGACAUAGAAUAUACUUACGAUGAUGCGGAUUCAUAUCGUGCUGAAAUGGCAGAAUUGUAUAGUUACACAGAGGAAUCCGAGUUUGAAGAGACAAAAAUGGCAUUUGAACAUGGAUUUGCCCUGAAAGGACAUGACAAGUGGAUAACAGCAUCUCCAGAGAUACAGAGGAAGCACAUCGUGUAUUUACAGAAUGAGUUAGAAAUGGCCGACCGUGACCGUCGGUUUAAUGCUCUGAUGGCUUUACUCUACCUCCUACAAGGAGUACACGGAGAGUGUGAGGCUGAGGACCAACAGCGUGAUUGGGUGAUGACUAAUGUCCACAUGUUGUAUGAACAGGGUCUGUUUAUCUCAUUUGCUGAAGUCUUGUCUAUGGAAAUCGAGAACACUGUCGCUGCAUCUAAUGCCCUACGUAAACCUGCUGUCUCUGUGGCGGACAGUAAAGAUUUAAGAAUGUUGCUAAACGCUUUAUACACAAUGGUAGAGACUAUGCGACUGCCACCAGAAACUAUGUCAGAGGAACAGAAAAGGAACCAGGAACUCUUCAAGGAAGACUUAGUGACGCCAUGCGUUGGAGAUGACAUACUAGCAAUCACACUAUUUGGAAUGGUGACCAAGUUUUGUAGUGGAAAUGCUCCACACUUCCCCAUGAAGAAAGCUCUACUUCUGCUAUGGAAAGUUGCCUUGGUCUCUUUGGGAGGUCUGCGAGCUUUACAAGACAAGAAAAAUAUUGUGCGUGUAGAGAAUGGCUUACCAGAGCUCCCGGAGGAUACGUACGAGGUAUGCAAAAACAUGCGUGCGUCCUCUCCUCCAGCCUCCGCAACUGACCUCAUCGAACAGCAGAUGCCACGGAAAUAUGGUGUAAGAGGCAAGAGGAGUUUGAUCAAACAGAGCAGCCUCCCGGAUGAACCUUUUGACAACGGUGCAGAAGAUGAGCUGGAUAUGAACAGGGGCAGUGACGACGAGCUUCCUCCUACACCACCACGACCUGCGACCCCUAUACAGCCACAUCAAAAGUCAUUACCGUGGAAACCUAAAGUCAGACAAAAAGAUCUGGAGUUAUUUUUAGACCACACCAGGAUUAAGUUUGUAGGUUUCCAGGUCCAGAAAGAUCAGGCCUCAUUAGCCGGUCUACCUCAGCCUAUCCAUGAGGGUGUCAAAGUCCUUAAGCAGCAUUUGUACAUUUCACUGACAGAGCUGCAAAUCAAACGUGAAGAGGAAAUAGCAAAGAACCCUCUGUCACAGCCCGAGAAAGAAGUGCCCAACUCCCCGGUGGAGAUCUUGUUCCAGGCCAUGUUACCAAACCUCCCACAGUAUAUGAUAGCUUUAUUGAAGAUAUUGCUGGCAGCAGCACCCACGUCUAAGACAAAAACCGACUCCAUCAACAUUUUAUCAGAUGUCCUGCCCGAAGAAAUGCCGACCACUGUUUUACAGUCGAUGAAGUUAGGGAUCGACGUAAACCGACACAAGGAGGUCAUUGUAAAGUCCAUAUCUGGCCUUCUAUUGCUGCUUCUUAAAAACUUCAAACUAAAUCACAUCUACCAGUUUGAAUUCCUCAGUCAACACUUGGUGUUUGCCAACUGUAUACCUCUAGUGCUGAAGUUCUUUAACCAGAACAUCAUGUCAUACAUUGGCGCUAAAAACAGUAUUCCUGUGUUAGAUUUCCCACGCUGUGUUGUUGGAGAUCCUGUAGAACUUACUGCCGAGGCUCUGGAAAAUGGUGAUGAUCAGCCAUUCUGUUGGAGAAAUCUGUUCUCUUGUAUCAAUCUCCUACGAAUACUCAACAAACUUACGAAGUGGAAACAUUCAAGGACAAUGAUGCUAGUAGUGUUCAAAUCUGCCCCUAUCCUAAAGCGAGCUCUCAAGGUCAAACAUGCCAUGAUGCAGCUGUACAUUUUAAAGCUCCUCAAGAUGCAGACUAAAUAUCUGGGCCGACAGUGGAGGAAGAGCAACAUGAAAACCAUGUCAGCGAUCUACCAGAAAGUACGCCACCGACUGAAUGAUGACUGGGCCUACGGCAAUGACAUGGAUGCCCGUCCUUGGGAUUUCCAAGCUGAGGAAUGUGCAUUGCGUGCAUGUGUUGACCGCUUCAACAAUCGGAGAUACGGAGUGAACGGGACGGACCCAGACUUCAAACCUUUGGACACCUGUACUCUAAGUGUGCUGGGAGAAUCAAUAGAGCUGAGCUCAGAAUUCAAACAGAACUACGAACGGUGGUUAGAGAUGGAGGUAUACUCCAAUCAAAUUGACUGGGACCAGAUAUUAAUGCUAUGAUUACCAUACAGAGAGAAUUAAUAAAACCUAUUGUCAUUGGCUGUGAAACUGUGUAAAAGGUAUCUAAGUAUGAAAAAAAUAUCUUGUUACCAUAAAUAAUCUAGGUAUUGUUCAAUGUUUUACAUGCAAACCUAGCUAAAUAUAGGACUUUGUGGAGUCAAGAAUGCUACAAUAUGUCUUUUAAUACCUGUAAGAUCAUAAUCGCGUUAUUUCUACAAACAAUGUAGAAAAAGGAAAAAAUGAAUGUUUCCUUUCAUCAGUGAAGUGCUGUUUUUAAACCUUUGGAAAGCUAAUUCUCAAAUAUUUUAUAAAAGGUUUACUGGGCUCUUGACAUAGAUCAGCAAUAUUUGAGAAACUUUUUAAUUGCAAAACAUAACAGAAAUUAUCUGCAUGAAUUCCCUAGUUAUAUCAUUAAUCAUAGUGUAUGUAAUGUUGGUGUGAAUGUGGGGUAUGACUGAUCAAAUUUGGUGAUGAUUGAGCGAGAAUGUGUGAGAUGAAAGAGCUAUUGUAAGAGUUAUGAAAUAUCACUCUUCUGUAUGUUGUUAUAUCAGAAACAUCAUAGUGCUGUGUUAAAACAGAAAAUUGUCAUUUCACUAAACCUUUCCUCGUCAUUGUAAACAUGUAAUAUGAAUCUCAUUUGAUAAUCCUCUUUUCCCAUACACAAUACAGCCACAUACAUGCUGUUCCUGCCACAUUUUAGAUUUCAUGUUGUGUGUAAACCUCAACUUGCCUCAAUAUAAUAAAAACAAACUUUAAAACCUGGAAAGUCUUGGAUAACAUGUCAAUUAGUUGUUGUCUUAUAAAGCAAGAAGAAGAAAUAUCUUGUCUAUUCCAGUAAAAAACUGACAUAAAGUUACAGUGACCUCAUUUAACAACCACCGCAAAAUUAAGACCACCCUGCAAUUAUGCACACUUUUUUCAGUCCCGUUAUUUUUCUCUAUAUAUCUUUGUAUUGACUGCUUCAGUUAUACAAUUAUCCCUAAUAUUCCGUAUUGUGAGCACUUUUCGACAGUCCAAAAGUCGUUAAUUGACCCCCUGAUUCUGACCAGUAACCCUGUGAUCAAACUUACCUGGUAUGCAGCGAGCUGCAAUGUCGAGCAUUCGGUCAUUUGAAAUACAGGGUCCACACAGUUCUGGAAAGGCCUUAGCUAAGUUACUCUAGUGGCCUUGAAAAAACUAUGAAUUCACUUUAGGGAAAAGCAUCUUAGUAUAUGGCCUUGAAAUGUCCUUGGAUAUGCGAUUCAGUGCUUCAUAUCUGUAAUUAAAUACUUUAUUAUGGGGGAGUGCUUUCAAUCCAAAUCGGAAUAAUGACUCUUUGUUUAAAUCCUAGGUCUAUUACUUCAAAUCUGAUAGUUCUAUGGUGAAAGGCAUUUUGUGUCACAAACUGAAAGUCGUCCAGGAAAUGGAUGAAUCCGUGCUUAAGUCAUGGAUGCUAAUUUUGAAUCGUCACGCAUUUUGAAAAUUGUUAUUAUAAAAUGUCUGAUAAAAGUCUUUGAAAAUUUUAAUAAGGACCUUGAAAAGGCCUUUAAUUUGGUUUGACUAGAUCUGUAUGUAUCUGAUAUAGCAUGGGACCACUAACAACAGAGCUGAUACAAACUUAGUUCGGCUGUACUUAAAAGUCUGACUUAAUACAACUACUGAUCAAUAUGGAACAAUGAAGUUUUCCCUCAUUGAGGUAUGUUUAUGGGUCAAGUGUUGAUUUGUUGUAAGUGUCCAGAAUUUAAGUGCAGGAGAUUUGACAAAUCAUUCAAGUUCAUGAGCUUCAAUGAAGUGUGUUUUAUAGGAAUACAUGUAUAUCCUAAUGGUAAAGAAAAUAGAACCUGUCGUGUAGUCUUCCUGUAUUAUAACUGUGACAUCAUGUGUUUGUGAUGGCUAAACUUAUGACAAUACUUGCAAUGUAAAAGGAAUUAUGUAUGAAUAAUUCAUAAACUAUAAAUAACAAGGAUUUAUUUAUUAAAUUUAUAAUACAUAUAA